AAGUGCCAUUUCGUUAUACAAUUCCUGACAGCAACAACAGCACUUGAACGUAAAAACAUCAGAUGAAUUGUAACGAUUCUGUUGACGGGGGCAGUUUUCAGGAAGCACCGGAGGCGACAAUCCUGUGGACGCCGCCCACUGUGAAACCAAAGGCAUCACUGAACGUUCAGGAUGUGCGAAGUCAGUAAACGCUAGGGAAAGUCUCUCAAGACUAGUGUAUUUAUUUCUUCAGUGUUGAGUUAACGAGCAGCUUUCCGAGUAAAUAGUUAGAGGCCUUUUUAUAUAAUACCAAAAAGGUAUGUUCAUAAAGCAGGUCAGUUUUUGUUGUUUUGUUCGCCGCUUGGGUAAAUAGAGUAGCGGCGGUUGUUGUUGUGGCCUGCUACAGGAUAGCCUAGCUAAACUAGCGGUAGCCUCAGCUGGUUUGUGGAUCUCUACUCACAUCACAAACCAGAAGCGAAAAGGGAAAUAUCACACAUUGCUAGCUAACUCAGAAAGCCGAAGUGUCGUUAUAAAGGCAAGUUGUGUUUUUGGUCAGGGAUCAGCAAGUUAUUCCUCGGCUAUGAGAGCCUCUACUCAGUGACAUUUCACAAAAAUGGAGCUGUACUGGUACAUAGUUGUCAUCAUAUUCAUCAUCAUCAAGAUAUUCUUCUAUGUGUGCUGGUACCGAUCAAGACAGAGGCAACUGGCAGCAUACCUGAGCAACCCACGCAAUGCUCAGAUAGUUAUAGUUGGAGGAAGGGCCUACCUUCAUCAGAUGUGUGAGAGACAGAGUCAAACAUCUGUCUGGCCUAGUUGGUAUGGUGUUCAGGAUGACCUGUCAAUAGAGGAGCCGUCCACAGCCCUGCCACCAGCCACAUCCUUCUCCCACCUUGACAUGCCACCACCAUAUGAGGCAGUCUCUGGAGAUGAUGAUCUCAAGCCCCCUCCCUACAGUGAGUGUGCUAAUCGUGAUGAGGCCAACGCUCCUUGUCCCUCCCCUCACACUCCUCUCAUUUCUGUUGGAGGAGACUCGACUAUUGUAAAUGAAGCCCCACCCCCCUACACACCAUCUACCCCUACACAAGUCAGUCAACAGGAAGGCCCUGUAAGCCACAGUGAGUUCCAGUCCGAGAGCAGGUCCACUUAAUCAAUCCCUGAUGCCAGUUUGCCUUUUCCAUGCACUGCCUUUCUACAUUCAACCUCAGUGUUGCCAGCCUAACUCUCAUCAAAUGAGAGUAGAUGUUUAUUUGGAUGUGAGUGUGUGUGUGCUUGUGUGUAUGCAGGUGUUAAGUGGUUUUUAGAACCAAGUUGUUUUUCUACUUUGUAUUGUUUCAAAAAGUGGUAAUCUGAUGAGUUUUGCAGUAACAGAUGACAUCAGCAAGCCUGUGUGCCUCAGUCAGGACCGCAGAAUUUGCCUCCCAGCUAGGAUGAGGAUAAUACUCUUGACCUCUAAGCUCAAAGGGAAUCAAUGAGGUACAGAUAAGCAGAGAGAGAGAGAGAGAGAGAGACUUUAAAGUGUGUUCUGUUUUUUUGUUUUUUUUUUUGUUUUUUUUAAUAACGUUUUCCUCCUGUAUGUCUGGGGCCACUUCCUUUCACAGAUUAAUUAUUUUUAAAAGCAUGAUUGGGGAAAUUAGGAGAUGCUUGACAAUCUUUAGUUCCUGCUACUUUGAUACAUAUGUGGGAAAUAACUUCAUCUUUCUGUGUCUGUUUAUAGACAUUGUUCUCAACACAGUAAUUAAAUAACUGUCCUUGAUGGAAAAUUCAUAGUGUUUAACUAGAUUUUGGGACAUCUACAUGUGUAUAUUAAAUAAAUUGCUUCAACUUCUUCAAA